AUGAGCACGAAGAGAGGAGUAACAAGUCAAGAUAGUAUAAGUUUGUUACCGGAUGAUUUGCUGUGUCGGAUACUCUCUAAUCUUCCUACAAAGGUUGCUGUUAGGACUAGUGUUUUGUCCAAGAGAUGGAAAAGAUUCAGUCUUUCGGUUCCUCUGUUGGAAUUUAACGUUUCAGAGUUCCAUGGUUACUAUGAAUUUGCGCGUGUUGUCCAUGGUUUUCUAGAUACCUCUAGAGAGACAUGCAUACACAAACUCAAACUUGCUUUUGAAAAAAAACAGCAUGAUAGGUCUUACUUGACGCAGUGGAUCCACAAUGCGGUUAAGCGUAAAGUACAACAUUUGGAUAUAGGUCGUUGGAGUUAUUUAGGUCAGGAGCUGAUACCCCAUAGCCUUUACACCUGUGAGACUCUGGUAUCCUUGCGACUCCAUAAUGUGUCAUUGCCUGAUUUUGAUCAUGUUUCUCUACCUCGUCUCAAAACAAUGCAUUUAAUAGACAACAUUUACCCUAAUGAUGCUCUUCUGGAGAAUCUAAUCUCAUCUUGCCCAGUUCUUGAAGAUUUAAAUGUCUCUAGAGAUGUAGAGAACAUUGUUAAGGUUUUACGAGUGCGUUCUCUGUCGUUAAAGAGUCUCAUACUUGCUCUCGAUGGUGAUCGGUAUGGGGAUAUUGAAGAUGAUAGUUGGGAGGUUGUGAUUGAUGCUCCUAGACUCAGCUAUUUGAGUCUUAGAGAUGACCAGUCUAAAAGUUUCGUAUUAAGUAGUGUGACUUCACCUGCCAAGGUAGAUAUUGAUGUAACUUUCGAUGUGGUGAGAAGUGUAUUGAAAAAUUUCCUGUUAACGAGAAGUGUAGUGAGAAACUUCUUCACCAGGCUCUCGAGCGUAAGGGACAUGACUAUGAGUGGAACAACUUUAAAGGUCCUCUCUCGCUACAUGAGACACGAACCACUGCCUCAGUUUCCUAACAUGAUCCAAUUCUAUGCGGUCUUUUGUAACUCUGAUUUGGAAAAGUUGCCAAACUUUCUUGAGAGCUGUCCAAAUCUCAAAUCUCUUGUAUUGGAACUGGAGGUAUUUAAGAAGAACGACUUACUUAUUCUCUCAUCAUCAAUUCCAAAAUGUUUGAGAUCAUCUCUGGAGCACGUUGAGAUUCAUACACCGAUAAGCGGAGCUGAAGCUGAAAUGAAACUAGUAAAGUACUUCCUCGAGAAUUCGGCAGUGCUCAAGAAGUUUACAUUGCAAUUGGGUUGUAAGAGAAUGGACGAAGAGUCUAUCAUCUUCAAGGAACUCUUGAGAUUUAGGAGAUGUUCUGCUUCUUGUGAAGUUGUUGUUGAAGUUUGA